UGUGCCGGGCUCUCGAGCCUCCUGAGCACUGGGCGCGGCACCGGGGAGCCGGCUCCCACCGAGUUGAAGCGGAUCUGGGCGAAGGGGCGCGCGGUGGCUGGGCUGCACCUGCGUCUGCCCGCUGCGGAGUGGGACGUCUGGAUCCCGCGCGGCCGGAGAUCAGCAGUGAGGCGGGCUGUGCCCCCAGCGGGGCGGGACCACCGGAGCACUGGCUGGACGGGAGGGAUUCUACAGGCGGACCGGGAACUGACGGGGGUCUGCUCAGGUCUGGGGUCGGUUUGGAGAUGUCUGGGUUGUGACUCUGAGCUCCUCCCGGGCCCAAGACUGUUCUCUCCCUGGGGUCGUUCCCAUGACUGUGGACGGCGUCGUACUUGCGUAUGGUCCCUGUUAGGUGCCUGGGGACGGCUGCCUGCGUGAAAAAGGUAGUGGCCUUUGAGCCAAGCUACCAGGGGACAGGAAAACCUGGACCUAGUUAAUGAUUAGCCCUGUUCCUGGAGUGGAGUGGAUGGGGAAAGAGGAGGUUGGUGAAGGAGGGGACGCCUGAAAAUGCUCAAGAGAGCCAAACUAGUUCUCCAGCCACUCUAGGAAUGUGUGGCCUGCGGGCGGGGCUGGGCACAGGGGGCAGGACUGAAGGGCCACAGUCCUGAGCCAGUUGUUUUGGCAAGCCAAGAGAAGAAGAAGGCUAGGCUAUGGUGGAGGCAGUCCUGCCCUGAUCUUAUGGCCUGUCCCCUCCCCACAGGACAGGUAUGGUCUUGGAGCUUGUGGCCAUGGAGCUGAAAGUAUGGGUGGAUGGCAUCCAGCGGGUGGUGUGUGGGGUCUCAGAACAGACCACCUGCCAAGAAGUGGUCAUCGCGCUAGCCCAAGCUAUAGGCCAGACAGGUCGCUUUGUCCUUGUGCAGCGUCUUAGAGAGAAGGAACGACAGCUGCUGCCACAGGAGUGUCCAGUGGGGGCCCAGGCCACCUGUGGACAGUUUGCCAGUGAUGUCCAGUUUGUCCUGAGGCGGACAGGGCCCAGCCUGUCUGGGAGACCCUCCUCAGACAACUGUCCACCCCCAGAACGAUGCCCAAUUCGUGCCAGCCUUCCUCCAAAGCCAUGGGCAAAACCAGGCCGUGAACCACGCAAAGCACUGACCUUCAACCUAGGAUGUACCAAGCUGGUUCCCAGCCCCUCUUCCCCUGAGCCUGUAGCCCUAGUAGGACCCACACCAGAAUGCCUUGCAGACCUGCAGGGCCUAGAACUCAGGGUACAGAGGAAUGCUGAGGAGUUGGGCCAUGAGGCCUUCUGGGAGCAGGAGCUGCAACGAGAACAAGCCAGGGAGCGUGAGGGACAGGCACGCCUACAAGCGCUGAGUGCAGCCACUGCCGAGCAUGCUGCCCGGCUGGAGGCCCUAGAUGCCCAGGCCUGUGCCCUGGAGGCAGAGCUUCGACUGGCUGCUGAAGCCCCUGGUCCUCCGUCAGCUACCGCCUCUGCUGCUGAGCGCCUGCGCCAGGACCUGGCCAUCCAGGAGCGGCACAGUGUGGAGAUGCAGGGUACCUUGGCCCUGGUGAGCCAGGCUCUAGAGGCUGCUGAGCAUGCUCUCCAGGACCUUCUGCCUCCAGCUAGAGAAGAGAACCUCCAGGGAGUCCCCCAGAGCCAUAUCCUAGUGGCCAGCCUGAGUCCUGAAGUUCCCCCAGUGAGGCAGAGCUCCUGGAGGUAGCAGUUCCUACGCAAGUAGGGGUCACUGAGGACAGAUGAGCAAGCACAGCUGGGAUGAGCCACCUGGACAGUGGGGGAAUGUAAUCACAGGAUUUUUUUUCCCUAAAGCUGGGAAAGCUAUGGUGUCCUUGGGUUUCUGAUUCAGGGCACAGGAGUGCUGGCAACAUGUUAUAGUUUUGUUUCCAAGUCUCCCAAGGUCCCUGAAGAAGCAAAUGGGCACAGUUCAGAACUUAGCAGGCCCCAAAGGCCACUACUCCUUAUUGGAGGAGAGAGAAGUGUGGACAGUAUAUUCAUCCUGUGGGUGUGUGCCAUGCGCUGCCUUCUUUGCCCUGACAAACCUCAAUAAACUGCCUUUUAAAGGUA